AUGGGUAUCGCCAAUUUGUUCAGCCUCGUACUUACAGGGCUAAUUGUGUUUCUUAGCAAAGAAACACUAGCGCUUGAGGACUCAAAAAUCCAGACGGUUUUAAGAAUCGAACCACAAUCCCUGAGUGGCAUUGUGGGACAAACGGUAAGCUUCUCACUCUUUGCUGAGCGACUCCGCGCUAGCGAUCAAAAUGUCUCAGUUACUUGGAACAGAGCGGAAGCGCUUUCGAUCAGACCAUCCACUACUAUCAUUGUAUCCGAGUGUGAACCAAAUGUAUCCAUCGUCGAAUCGAAAUACUCAGUGUACGUUUCGUCCACCAAACAGGGACGAUUCCUCAUUCGUCCAAUCAUCCAUCCGCAUCAUUCGGUGGACGAUAGUCGCUUAUUUGUGCAGUUAAAAGUGGCCAAGUACCGACCGCUGAUAAUCGUUUCGACUUCGAUCGGUUGGAUGUACACGCUUUGCUGGACGGUUGGAGAUUACAUUCAAGUGUGGACCAAUUACAAGCGGAAAAGCGUUGUCGGGCUGAGCUUUGAUUUCUUGUUCCUCAACGUCGUCGGGAAUUGCUGUUAUGCGACAUUCAAUGCCCUGCUGUUCUGGAACCAUUACGUUGAAUUGGAAUAUUUCAGAAGACACCCGUUCGGUCUUAAUCCGGUGAUUGCGAAUGAUGUCGGAUAUGCAUUACAUGCCGUUUUCGGUAAUCUCAUGUUAAUAGCUCAGUUCUAUCUGUUUCCCAGCGAUGGAAAUUUGGUUUCCAUCCCCGUCAAAAUACUUAUCGGAGGCUGCAUGGUGCUGGUCGGUGUUUGUAGUAGCUUAGCAUUUGAGGGUCAAAUGCACUGGCUAGAUUUUUUGUACGUCCUCAGCUAUGUGAAGCUAUCGUCAAAUUUGGUGAAAUACGUUCCUCAAGUAUAUAUGAAUUUCAAACGGAAGAGUACCGAAGGAUUCUCCAUUUCAAACCGCAUCGUGGACUUGAUCGGUGGACUUUUGAGCCUCCUUCAGAUGAUACUGAACAGUUGGAACUUUGACGACUGGCAAUCGAUUGGAGGAAGUCCUGUAAAGUUCGGGUUAGGAUUCGUGUCCAUAUUUUUCGAUAUUGUGUUUAUGGUGCAGCAUUACGUGUGCUACAAAGAAAACCGAUCAGAUAAUGCAAAAAGCAUUCCGUAA